AUGGCGCUGGAGGUGUCGCCGUCGAGACAAUUGAGCGAAGGUUUGAGUAAAUUACACAUAAGUUCGCCUUCGAAGUUCAAGUCUUAUAUCGCGAACGCGGAUUUCGAAGACACCGGGUUUGAUUCGCAAGUACAGCGAAAUCGGAGCGACAACAAGUAUUUGAGCAAGUUACAAAAUUGGUCUGUGAAUUACGGGAGCGUGAGACAGCGAGAGGUGGACGUGGAAGAGCAAGAGCCAGCGCAAUGGAAACAGUACAUGGGACGCAGCGCAGAUGGAGAAGAGCCGAUGAAUUUGGUGGUAACUUCGUCGUUGAGCGAUCUGUCCUUGAUUCCGACCAAUACGUUCAAGAAACGGGGCACAAAAGCGGGCGUACCGGGAUUACAGAGCGGCUUGCGCGACGAGACAGACGUGGAUGCGGAUGCAGACGCAGAUCCGGCACAAGAAGCACUGGGGGUGUUUAACAACGUUCUGCGACACCAGAGGUCUAAUUAUGUGGACUUGGGUUCUGGACAGAACCACGUGAACUCCGAGACGGACGCAAACCCGGAGUCGGCUGCGGCAGCGUCGGAUUCGUCAUUCGAAGAUUCCAUCGACGCGUCUGCACAGUCUCCGAGUGUGAACCGGGUGCGCGACACGGGACGGAAUGCGCCACAAGAUGUGCCCCACGAUUCGUCGCAUCGCGACUCGUCACGUCGCGACGGACCGCGUGGACUUACGCUCAUUACACCAGAAGACGCAGGUAUGGUUUUCAAUUAUAGAGAAGGUGUAUGGGAUCAACCGUCUGCCAAUGUAGACAUGUCUACGAGUGGCGCACAUUCGUCGACAGUGGGUCAGGAAACGGACGACAUGACUACGAGCAUGGACGCUAAAGAGGCUUCGUUUCGAUUGCCACGUAUACGAGACUCUGAAGUAGAUCAAACUGCAAGUGAGUCGCGAGUUGAAGCGGAUACUACACCGUUAUCGACACCCAAAUUGGACUCGAAAUUUUUGUCACACGCCCAACGGCCCAAACGAGACAUUCGCGCCAGCAUCCGGCGGCCGGACGUUACCGUAACCUCUACUGCUGGUGCCGGCACGGCAGACCGAUCGACGUCUUUCCAUGUGUCCAAAACCACGGUCAUUUCUGCAGUCAUGGAUGCGGUUCCGCACCAGGACCAAUGGACCCAGUUGCGACAAGUGUCACUUGUGGAGCGUGCAUUGGAAAGCCUAGUAGGGCUCGACGAGAUUUUGCCCGCUUUGCGUACAUUAGACGCAAGCCACAAUAAACUCAAUUCGUUAAUGGGCGUUCCGAGGACUUUAACUUCGCUGAAUUGUUCGCAUAAUAGACUUGCUGCUUACACUACUCUGCACGAGUUUCCGGAACUCGAAAAUUUAGACCUUUCGCAUAACAUGUUGAGCGGAUCGCUUGCGGUGCUGGCACCUGCAAUCCAUUUACGACGUGUGAAUCUGUCCCACAACACUUUGUCGUCGCUCAAUGACUUGGAAACUGCUGAGUGUCGAAUAGAAACGCUCAAUUUGAGUCGAAAUCGAAUCAUGGGUGUCCUCGAUUUUGCAGAGGUCACGGCGUGGGGCUCACCCUCGCGAGACUCACCUUGGCAAUAUUUGCAAGAGCUGGACCUCUGCGGCAACAAUAUCACGAGCAUCAAAAAUUUGCAUUUGUUGCCUCGGCUGCGCAUACUAAGACUGGACGGGAACCCGCUAGAGACGCUCAAGGGCAAUUCGAGUCGGUCGUUAAGGACAUUGACGCUAAUGAAUUGCACUGCGCUUCGGGACUUGGGCGAAUUUCCGCAACUGCGCGUGCUCAAGCUUAGCGGUGACAGUUUUGGGCCUCAAGCGUUGCCAUUGACACUUGAAUACUUCCAGAUGACUGGCGGACGUACCGGCGCGCACGCCAGCGGCAAGGCCACUGACAAAGCCUCAGAAAGUGGGUCUAUCUGGUCGCAGCUGCCUCCCUUCCUACGAAAACUCGAGCUCAGUCGAACAGGCAUUACAGAUCUACCGGACCGAUUCCAGGACCAAUUUCCAGCGUUGCAUACGCUGUCGUUGCACGACAACAAGCUUUCAAGUGCCUCACGCGUGCUGUCACGCCUGCCUACCCACUUACGGAAACUAGAUCUGAGAGGCAACCCAGUGACAGUUUUCACGUGCGAAGAAGAUAAAGAGCUGUUUCUCAAGGCCACGAGCCUUGCAGCGCCGCUACUGGCCCGCGUGUACGUCUAG